GUGUGGCUUACAUUAUACCUAUCAUAGGAGGGUUCAUCGCUGAUUCCUACUUCGGGCGAAUCAAGACAAUUCUGGGGGCCGCGUGUGUUUAUAUCGCUGGUACAGUCCUUCUUCCAGCGUCAGCGAUUGACUACGAGUCAUGGGGUUGGGAGGGCCUGACCACAAAUGGAAGGACAGCGAUGUUUAUGACCGGGCUAGCACUGGUUGCCAUAGGAACCGGAGGGAUCAAGGCCAACGUUGGACCUUUUGGUGCCGAACAGGUGGAGGUGCUGGGCAAAGAGGCCAUCCAGUCUUUCUUUAACUGGUUUUACUGGGUCAUCAACGUGGGAGCCCUGAUAGCAUAUACUGGAGUGGCCUACAUCCAACAAAACAUCAGCUUCGCCUGGGGAUUUUUCGUGCCUCUUGUCAGCAUGAUCUUCGCAAUUAGUGUCUUUGUCAUCGUUAAGACGAGAUAUCUUAUGACCCACCCGAAAGGUAGCAUUCUCACAACCGCCUGUGGGAUUUUUGUACAAGGUGGAUGCAAGUCCAAGCCACCUAGAAACCCGGAGCUGCCUGAAGGAACGGAGAAACGAAUCUUGGCCAGGGCGAAGACAAGUUUCGGAGGAAAAUUUCAGGAUCAUCUUGUGGAUGGGUUGGUCAGUGUGAUUCGAGUCACACCUUUCUGCCUGCUGGUCGUUAUGUACUGGGCUAUCAAUGCACAGAUGUCCAACACGUUCUUCGCUCAGUCAGAAAGAAUGGACAUCCGUGUGGGUGACGGAGGAUAUAUUCCCGCAGCUGCCCUGAACGCCUUCAACACUAUCAUCAUCAUAAUUCUCAUUCCUAUCGUCGACCGCCUCAUCUAUCCGUGCUUUGAGAAAAUCAAGAGGCCCCUCUCCUACCUAACGAGAAUUGGAGUCGGAAUGAUUCUAGCAGUGAUAGCAGUGGUAGUGGCGGGAAUCGUGGAGAUCUACAGAAAAGUGGAUCUGGAGGAGCACUCCCACCUGCAGGUGUUGGGUGGUGAGAACUUCACGGCCUCCAGCAUGUCGGUGUUUGUUCAGAUCCCACAGUUUGCUCUCAUCGGUGCCAGCGAGAUUUUCACCAGCAUCACGUCCCUGGAGUUUGCCUAUAACCAAGCGCCUGUAGCUAUGCAGGGCUUGCUAACUGGAUUGUUUCUAGCGGCUACUGGAGUGGGUAACUGGGUUUCUACGGCAAUACUUGCUAUAGUCCAGAAAGCUACAGAAGGCAAUCCAUGGUGGUGUGACGACAUCAACCACUGCAAGAUGGAGUACCUCAUGUUCCUGCUGGGCGGACUGAUGCUGCUCAACUUCUUCAUCUUCGUGAUUGUCGCCCAGUUUUACACUUACCAAGAUCCGGCCACGUUUGAGAAAGCAGUUGCAAAAACAGAAAUAGAAUAUAUUGUUGAGGAAAUGAAACUAUCAAGCGACACUCAAAAGCCCAUCAGUAAUAACAACAAUAAUGUAGACUGA